AUGGCCAUACCCACCAUCAUCCCCAUUCAACACCAUCUCCUCACCCUCCCCCGCGAACUCCGCGAUCUCAUCUACACCCACGUCCUCGUCAUCGUCCGCCAACACAUCCUCUUCUUCUACCCCUCCCACACGCGCCCCGGCGAGGUCGACCUCUUCGCCCCCUGUCGCCCACGGCCAAACUGGCUCGCGCUGCUGCGCACCAACCGCCAGAUCCACGACGAGACGGCACCCCUGGUGUAUGGCGCGCACCAGUUCAAUUUUAUCGAUUACUCGUUUGACCAGACCAGGCUGGUUAGGACUUUUUUGGAUGGGAUUGGGAAGGGGAAUGCGGGGUGGUUGAGGAGGGUGUGUGUUAGUUUUCCGGCGGAGCCGCCUACGUGGCGGCAUUGGGAAAGGUUGGGGGAAGGAGGGGGAGAAGUAGGAGGGGGAGGGGGGAAGGUGAAAGGGAAGGGGGGUGGGAAAGAGGAUGGGGAGACGUUGUAUGGUGUGAGGCUGCUUCGGGAGAUGUGUGUGAGGCUGAGGACGCUGGAGGUGCAUGUCCAGUCGCAGGUUUUUCUGGAUGGGGAGGAUGGAGAGAAUGGGGAGGAGCCGUCUGCGGAGGGCGAGGCGGCUGCGAUUACACGACCUAUUUUCAUCGAGGUGUUGCCGCGGAUUGCGGAGGAGCUUCAGGGGAUUCCGUCGUUGAAGGAGGUGUUGAUUGUUCCGUGUCACGCGAACUUGGACGAUGACGUGGUACGGGCAAUGGAGGGGUUUGGGUGGUCGAUUCAGCCUAGGGGAAGGGAGACGGGGGACUAG